AUGGACUUAUUGCAGUUUAAUCAAGGAGAAGUCUUCUCUGGAAGAGUUGAAGCUGGGGGUUUACCAGGGGAACUGGCAGGCGGAGGGAAUGGGAAUAGUGGAGGGAGAGGGGGAAUAUGGAAGGUCGGUGGGGGAGGAGAAGGUGGUGGCGGCGGCGGAGUGAAUCCUGGUAGUGGUGGGAAAGGAAUUGGUGGCAGUGGCGGGAACGGUGGCAAUGGAGGAAAAGGGAAUGAUGGUGGCGGAGGCGGCGAGGGAGUAAAUCCUGGUAUUGGUAAGAAUGGCGGCAGUGGAGGGAUAGGGAAGGGGAAUGACGGCGGCGGCGGCGGGGUGAAAAAUGGGAUCGGUGGCAAAGGAAUCAAUGGCGACGGUGGCGGUGUGAACCCUGGGAUCGGUGGCAGAGGUAUUAAUGGCGGUGGUGAAAAAAAUGGGAUAGGAAAUGAUGGCGGCGUUAGCCCCGGGAUUGGCGGGAGGAAAACUUUCGAGGGCAUCAAGCUUUUCUUGGAACCAAACUUGAGAUCUCCUGGAGCGGCACCGUCCGUGCACCUGCUCGGUUGUUUCAGGGGCUUGAAGGCAAGAAGCCCUGCCGAGAAUACGUGGAGUCCAUGCCUCUUCGACUUGAGACGAAGCGAUGACGAAAUGCCUAAGGACACUGCGCGGCAGCCUGGGUCGCCGCUCUUGAUCAGCUUCACCGCGCAACCCUCGAUUCCCUCCGCAUCUUUACCCAUCGAAGCUGGUAAAAGGACCUUGAAUUUGCCAUGCCUAUUCGUCCUCGCUUCUUGUCGGAAGCUCAGGCUCGAGCUCGAGUUUCCGCAUUCUAUCGAAACAUAUGCACCUGAACACACACAUGUAGGUGGAAUUCUGUUUUUAGACACAAGUCGGAGCUAUAGCACAUAG